UACACACACAUACAUACAUACACACACACACACACACACAGACCCCCCCAGUCAGGCCCCUGUUACCCGCAUUGCUAUGUCCGCGCCUCUCCACAGCCCGAGGUGUCUGUCUGCAGCAUCACCGGCCCCGGGCACUAAGCUGACACACCCCGGGAAAGCCAUCCUGGCAGGGGGCCUGGCUGGGGGCAUUGAGAUCUGUAUAACCUUCCCCACCGAGUACGUCAAAACCCAACUACAGCUGGACGAGAAAGUCUAUCCUCCCCGGUACAAGGGCAUCGGUGACUGUGUCAAGCAGACAGUGAAAGGCCAUGGGAUCAGAGGGCUGUAUCGAGGUCUCAGUUCGCUGGUCUAUGGCUCCAUCCCCAAAGCUGCCGUCCGGUUCGGGACCUUUGAGUUCCUCAGUAACCAGAUGCGUGAUGCCCAGGGGCGGCUGGACAGUAAGCAGGGUCUGAUCUGUGGACUGGGGGCCGGUGUGUGCGAGGCUGUGCUCAUCGUGUGUCCCAUGGAAACAGUCAAGGUCAAGUUUAUCCACGAUCAGAGCUCCACAAAUCCCAAAUAUAGAGGCUUUUUCCACGGAGUCCGGGAGAUCGUCAAACAAGAAGGGCUGAAAGGAACGUAUCAGGGAUUAACAGCGACUAUCCUAAAGCAGGGAUCGAACCAAGCCAUUCGCUUCUUUGUCAUGACGUCCAUGAGGAACUGGUACAAAGGUGACAACCCGAACAAGGUGAUCAAUCCCCUCGUGACGGGGACAUUUGGGGCCAUUGCGGGGGCGGCCAGUGUGUUUGGGAACACUCCCCUGGACGUUGUGAAAACCCGGAUGCAGGGUUUGGAGGCUCAUAAAUACAAGAGCACCUGGGACUGUGCCUUCAAGAUUAUGAAACACGAAGGGCUGUUUGCCUUCUACAAGGGCACGGUGCCGCGGUUGGGGAGGGUUUGCCUGGACGUUGCUAUUGUAUUUAUUAUCUACGAGGAGGUGGUGAAGAUCCUGAACAAGGUUUGGAAAACGGAGUGAGGGAGGGAGGGAGACGGGGGCCAAGUGGUUCACCAUGGCGGCGGAGGUCCAGCCAGCCAGGGUCAGGAGGAGAGGAGAGGGGUCAACACACACAGAGAGAGAGAGAACGGGGAUAA